AUGACUAUUUGCCGAGGAUCAAAGUAUUUUUGCCAGCACGUGUACGUGGGAGACGCCAUCGCCGAGAAGUCAACGCCAGUCCGCCAGUCUUCCCGCCAAUUAAGAGUGACAUUUGACGAGCCAACACCGACUUCAAGGAGUUUACUGCGGCCACCGGCCAUUGAAGAUGACAAUUUGGAAGGUGUUAGAAUGAUAUUAAAUAAUGGAAUGGAUGUAAAUGAACCUAUAAUAACAACUGGACAAUUUACUGGUGCAGCAACAAUCUUGGUGCAGUUACUAGUUAAUAACUAUAAAGCAGAUGUCAAUGCUACGGCUGCUGAUGGGACUCGAUCCAUACAUUUGGUUUGUUUUUAUCAACCUCAUCCCAAGCAAAUAGGACUUUUUAUUAAAGGACAUACAUAUGGCGCAAUAAUAUAUACAUUGGUACAAACUAAUGCGAAUGCUGAUGCUGAGUUUGGACGAGAUAUUUUUUUAAAACAUUUUGAAGACAGUGAUUGGUGUCCCGAUUUUGGUGACAAAAUAACACUAUACUCAUUUUUACUGUUCUUUAUGAUAGACCAUUAUUUUUGCAUCUACUAG